AUGUUCGCUCGAUCUGCUUUCCGGGCCGCGCAGCCUCUGAAGCUGCCCUCGUGCCCCCCGCAUCAGCAAGCCCGCCGCUAUGCCACCGAGCCCGCCAAGGGCGGCAGCUCCAACCCGGCCCUCUACGCCGGUGCCGCGGCCGCCGUCGCGGGCGGCGCCUACUACUUCCUCUCCGGCUCCUCCGCCCCCGCCGCGGCCCAGAAGGCCGAGGCCAAGAUCAAGGAUGCCGUCGGUGCGGCGCCCAAGAAGGCGCUGACGGGCGGCGACCAGGGCUUCGUGUCGCUCAAGCUCGAGGACGUUGAGAUCGUCAACCACAACACCAAGAAGUUCCGCUUCAAGCUGCCAGAGGACGACAUGGUCUCCGGCCUCACCGUCGCGAGCGCUGUCCUGACCAAGUACAAGGGCCCUGAGGACGAGAAGGCCACGCUGAGGCCCUACACGCCUACCAGCGACGAGGAUGCCAAGGGCUACGUCGAGCUUCUCGUCAAGAAGUACCCCAACGGCCCCAUGUCAACGCAUAUGCACGACAUGACGCCCGGCCAGCGGCUCGACUUCAAGGGCCCGCUGCCCAAGUACCCCUGGUCGCCCAACAAGCACGACCACAUCGCCCUUGUCGCCGGCGGCACGGGCAUCACGCCCAUGUACCAGCUCGCGCGCGCCAUCUUCAACAACCCCGACGACAAGACCAAGGUCACGCUCGUCUUCGGCAACGUCACCGAGGAGGACAUCCUGCUCAAGAAGGAGUUCUCGGAGCUCGAGAACACGUACCCCCAGCGCUUCCGCGCCUUCUACGUCCUCGACAAGCCGCCCAAGGAGUGGGUCGGCAACAAGGGCUACAUCACCAAGGAUCUGCUGAAGCAGGUCCUCCCCGAGCCCAAGAGCGAGAACAUCAAGGUCUUCGUCUGCGGCCCCCCCGGGCUGAUGAACGCCGUCUCGGGCAACAAGAAGAGCCCCAAGGACCAGGGCGAGCUGGUCGGUGCCCUCAAGGAGCUGGGCUACAGCCCCGAUCAGGUCUACAAGUUCUAA